AUGCAACCAUUACGGCUUUUGGCUCUCACAGCCAUUCUUAAGGGCGCCUGGGCCCUCAGUGCCAAUUGUACAGGGUCCUUUGACGCCAUCUCGGCCUCUGAUUUCGUCGCAAAUAUCAAUCCAGGGUGGAAUUUGGGAAACAGUCUCGAUGCUACUCCCAAUGAAGAUUCUUGGAAUAACCCCACUGUUCAAGAAUCGACCUUUGACUAUGUCAAGGCAGCUGGUUUUAAAAGUGUUCGCCUUCCAGUUACUUGGACACAUCACUUCACUAGUGAAUCUCCUGACUGGACCGUUGAUCCUAAAUGGCUGCAGAGAGUUUCUGAUGUUAUUGACAUGAUCACGUCUCGUGGUCUGUACACUAUUGUCAAUGUCCAUCACGGUAAGCCAUCCAAGUACGCCUAUAAACAUGGCCUAGUCAGUGGCUAA